AUGCUUGGUCUAGGAUUAAGACCUCGACUCAAGGUCCGCCCGUCUCUGCUGGACUUGCUGUCGCAUAACAGGACGUUCAUAGAGCUGGCUGAUUCUGCCGCAGAAGAAGCUACGACAGCUUCUCCACCUUUGGACCACCUGCCACCGCUGCCCGCAACUCCAACUCCAACUUCAACUUCCACCUCCUCCACCCUUCUCAACGACAACGGCUCACCAUCCUCUCCAACGCAUAUCUCGCGGUUAACUGCAGAUAACCUUCCUGCAGAGAUUAUUGUCGAGCUACAACCUUCUUCCCCGCUGCCGUCACUGUCUCCCGCACCUCCUCCCGUCAUGGCGCCCUCUGACAAAAAGCAGAAUGACGACGAACAGCUCGGCGCCGUCUUUUCUAUUUCCGGCCCCGUCGUGGUGGCCGAGAAAAUGAUUGGCUGUGCCAUGUACGAGUUGUGUCACGUCGGCUACGACCAUCUCGUCGGCGAAGUCAUCCGUAUCGACGGCGACAAAGCAACAAUCCAAGUCUACGAAGAGACAGCCGGUGUCAAAGUCGGUGACCCCGUUACCCGAUCCGGUAAACCCCUGUCCGUCGAGCUGGGUCCCGGUCUUAUGGAGACCAUCUACGAUGGUAUCCAGCGACCGCUCAAGGCCAUUUCAGACUCCUCCGAGAGUAUCUAUAUCCCCCGCGGUAUCGCCGUGCCAGCCCUCGACCGCGUGAAGAAGUGGGAUUUCAAGCCGACCAAGAAAGUGGGCGACAUGAUUACUGGGGGUGAUAUCUGGGGUAUCGUUUACGAGAAUAGUUUGUUGGAUGAGCACAAAAUCCUCCUGCCGCCUCGUGCUCGGGGUAAAAUCACCAAAAUAGCAGACGCCGGAAGUUACACCGUCGACGAGAAGAUUUUGGAAAUCGAGUUUGACGGCAAGAAAUCCGAACACGGUAUGAUGCACACUUGGCCCGUUCGUGUUCCUCGACCGGUGAAUGAGAGGCUUGCCUCCGACUCGCCAUUCAUCGUCGGUCAGAGAGUGUUGGACUCUUUGUUUCCCAGUGUCCAAGGUGGUACUGUGUGUAUUCCAGGAGCUUUCGGCUGCGGUAAAACGGUCAUUUCGCAGUCCGUCUCCAAGUUCUCCAAUAGUGACAUUAUCGUUUACGUUGGAUGUGGUGAACGUGGUAAUGAGAUGGCUGAAGUAUUGAUGGACUUCCCAGAGCUCUCUAUUGAUAUCAACGGCCGAAAAGAACCCAUCAUGAAGCGCACAUGUCUUAUUGCCAACACUUCGAAUAUGCCCGUCGCUGCUCGUGAAGCCUCUAUUUACACUGGCAUUACCGUUGCUGAGUACUUCCGUGACCAAGGAAAGAACGUAGCCAUGAUGGCCGAUUCUAGUUCUCGCUGGGCUGAGGCUUUGCGUGAAAUUUCUGGUCGUCUGGGUGAGAUGCCCGCAGAUCAAGGUUUCCCUGCUUACCUCGGUGCCAAAUUGGCUUCUUUCUACGAGCGAGCAGGAAAGAGUGUUGCUCUCGGUAGUCCCGAGCGUGAAGGUAGUGUCAGCAUUGUCGGUGCCGUGAGUCCCCCAGGUGGUGAUUUCACCGAUCCCGUUACCACCAGUACUCUGGGUAUUGUGCAGGUUUUCUGGGGUUUGGAUAAGAAGUUGGCUCAGCGCAAACAUUUCCCUUCCAUCAACACCACAGUGUCUUACAGCAAAUACACCACCAUUCUAGACAGAUAUUACGAAAAAGAGCAUCCCGAAUUCCCCCGCCUCCGAGACCAAAUUCGAGAAUUGUUGUCCAACUCUGAAGAUCUGGACCAAGUCGUCCAGCUGGUCGGAAAAUCUGCAUUGGGUGAUUCGGAUAAAAUCACUCUAGACGUGGCUGCACUUCUCAAGGAUGACUUUUUGCAGCAGAAUGGCUACAGUGAGUACGACCAGUUCUGUCCUCUGUGGAAGACCCAGUACAUGAUGAAGGCAUUCAUGGGUUACCACGACGAAGCACAAAAGGCCGUUGCUCAGGGUCAAAGCUGGGCAAAGGUCCGUGAGGCUACUGCAGAUAUCCAGACUGGUCUGCGAAACAUGAAGUUUGAAGUUCCGGAUGAUGAAAAGGCAGUUUCAGCCAAGUACGAGAAAUUGCUGUCAGACAUGUCUGAGCGAUUUGCUACGGUGUCCGAUGAGUAG